CGGACCACGCCCUCCGGGCUGGACGGGGCGCGCCCUAUAAAGCCCCGGUCGCCCGCGGCUGGGCCACCUCUCCGGCCCGCCCCGUCGCCAGCAUGUUGCAGAGCCGCCCGCUGCUCUUCUCGGCGCUGGGAGAGCCGCCCGUCGAGGCCACCCGGGACCCGGCGCCUCCGCCGCGGAGCCGCUUCGACAUCGAGUCGCUGCUGGCCAAGCCGGAGCCGCCCCGUCGGAGCGCGCCCGGAGCCAGCGUCUGGGCCGCCGCCGCCGCCUCCCCGGGCGCGCUGCGCUUCGGCUGCGCCCUCCGGUUCCUGCCGGUCCCUGCCGUCUGCUUGGGCGAGAGGACCCCCGCGCUGCUCCCGCUGCAACCCCGCCAGUGCGCCCCGACCGGCUGCAGGAGGCCAGAGCUGGAGUUUGCUCACUGCGCCCUGGCUGGCUCCCUGGGGGCUCCCCUUUCCUGGAGAUCGGGGGGUCCCUGCAAGAUGAAGAGGGUGCGCACCGUCUUCACGCCAGAGCAGCUGGACCGGUUGGAGAAAGAGUUCCUCAAGCAGCAGUACAUGGUGGGCAACGAGAGAGUGGACCUGGCCGCCACCCUGCACCUCACAGAAACCCAGGUGAAAGUCUGGUUCCAGAACAGGAGGAUCAAAUGGCGGAAGCAGAGCCUGGAGCAGAAGGCAGCUAAGCUCUCGCAGUUUGGGGGGCCGCAGCCCGUCCCCCGGGGGCUGCCAGACGAGGAGGAUAGUGGCGAGAACGAGGAGGGGGACGUGGACAUCGAAGUCUAGUGGUUGCUGCCCCAGACGAGGACACUACUUUGCACCUGCCUCCUCAGGAGGUCAGGACUUGAUGGCGCCCCCAUGAACACCCCCAGAGCCUUGCCUGGUCCACCUGGGGACUGGGGCUGGUGGUCUGGGCCUUUGGAUGCCAGUCUCGGUCUCUUUGUGUGCACACUCAUUGCCUGGCUCCAUCGGGCAGCAUUUAGCGAAGGGCUUCCGCUAGGACUUUGGGCUGUGCGACAGAACUUUCUCUGUCUCUGUGCACCCCUAAUUCUGUUCUGGGGAUUCCCCAGACCCUGUGGACCAUAGCUGGGUGGGGGCAGCAGGGAGAAGAGGGGCAGGGGAUUUUGCAUUGCGCAGCCAGAAGUCCUUGCGCUAGUGGACAUCCUUGGCUGCAUUCCACCCAGUGCAUCCUGCUCGCUGCCUCUGCUUCUGGGCACUAAUGUGGCA